ACGCCUGCCACUCUCGGCUCAGCAGUAAUUGAACUCGCCUUUAAGUGCCUGAAGCUGCCCCGCUCACUCCCUUUAACAGAUACUUGACCCUGUCCUCUGUGCUCCAGUCAUGUUUCCAGCGGACGGCAGGACAGUGUGGCGGGUUAGGAAGUGAAGCCGGACACUCCGCUCGGGUAAAGGAAGUAGCCUCCCUGGCCGGCAGGUCCCUUCACCAUAAUGCCCCCGGCAGGAUGUUGACACAGAUACCUUCCCCGAGACUGUGGAUGGAGGUACCUGGAUGCUAGCUGGCUGGCAUGCCGCAACUGCUAGCUAGCUAGUUGUCCAUGAGGUAGCGCUGUUGAGAGGGGUGUGGUGGGUGCUGUCUGUAUGUCUGCCAAACCGGCCAUGGAUGACUUCACCAGCAGGACUUAUGGCACCAGCGGCCUGGACAACAGACCUUUGUUUGGAGAGACCUCGGCACGGGACCGAAUCAUCAACUUUGCUGUGGGGGGAAUUGCGUCUCUGGUUGUUCUGGUGACUGUGAUCAGUUCCUUUGUGUUCCCCUCGUUGUCUCCAAGACCGCUCAACGUCUUCUUCGCUGUGUGUAUCCUGCUAACCUGUGGAUCAACUUUAGUGCUGAUAUUCUGGUACCGGCAGGGCGACCUGGAGCCCAAGUUCAGGAAUCUGAUCUACUACAUGCUGGUGUCCAUCGUGCUGCUGUGCAUAUGUGCCAACCUCUACUUCCACGAUGUCACGUAGAGGCAGGGAGGAGGAGGAGAGGAAGAAGAAGGGAAGACAUGGCCUUGACAGAUGGAAGCGCGCACACACACACACACACACACACACACACAUGCACACACAAAGGAAGACAUGGAGGAAGGAACAUGACAAUGGAAGAAACACACCCCUUCACCAACAGUGACCAAAACAAAAAAGACUGACCAACUUGACUGUUUUUUUUUCUGUACCCACUUGAGCUGCAUCGUACCAAGGAUUUCCCUCCAGCUGGACCAAACCAAAUGAGACUUAACGGUUCCAGCGGGAGAAGAACAUGACGGACUUGUUGGUGCUGAGUGGAAUGCACUGCACACAUGACAUACUGGCAUAGAAAUCUGUCCUACAGUGUCUUGGCUUGUGGACACACUGCUGGAUAGGGCUGAAGUGGAAGACGUGUGUUUACAUGCACAUACGUAUGAUAUACAGUCAUAUCCUGUUUACAAAACAAACUCAUAUCCAUAUUAUGAGAAAUCCAAACCCGACAGCGUUCUCUGUGUUUACUAAGGUUAGGACGCACGUAAACACCAUCAUGUUUACUGGUGAUUUUCACAAUCAUUGGGAAGCUCUGCUGUGAUAUUUGUAAUGUUUUUAGUUGUGUUAAGUUAAAUUGGGAUAUGAAGAUGAUGAUGUGGAGUUCAGCCUUAAAUGAGCAUACCAGUGAUUCUGCAUGUUUUUUAGUGUCAUAUCUGCAAAAUGUAUACACUUCAUGUCUCUGCUAAUCUUUUUCCAAAGUAAGCAGU